UUGCAAGUUUAAGCAUGGAGAGUGCAGUAUGCUGACUUAUGGGGAGACAGUGUUCAAACUUGUGCUCUGUUGUUUCUUAAAACAUGAUGAAACUUGUUAUACCUAUGAUGUGCUGACCUAGCUUAUACUAAAUGUGCACCAAAUGCUGAUGGGCUUCUAAUGGCUUAUAUGUUAGUGUUUGCAACUGUGUAACUUGUAUUCAUGAAUAUGUGGCUCAUGGAUAAGUGGUAGCGCUUUCAGCUUACAUCUGAGUGACCCGGGUUCGUUCCUGGCACAAGUGGAAACUUUGGAGAUAUUUCCCUGUUCUCUUAGCAAUUAGUUUUCUUGAUCAAGAAAGAUGGAUGUGUGGCUACGAACCUGCCUCCUGCUGUGUCUCUACGGUUUCUUCAAGGAACUGAGGCCUUCUGAGCCUUUUCUUACCGAGUACCUGCUGGGACCACAACAGAACCUCACUGAAAACCAAGUGUAUUAUGAUGUGUAUCCAGUAUGGACAUAUUCCUAUUUAUCGCUACUGGUUGUAGUCUUCCUGUUGACCGACUUGUUGAGGUAUAAGCCAGUCAUCGUUUUCGAGGGUAUUGGUUAUGUUGUUACGUGGAGUCUUCUUCUUUGGGCUCGGGGCGUCGAGGCAAUGCAGUUCAUGGAGUUCACAUAUGGCAUUGCCACCUCCACGGAAGUAGCAUAUUAUACAUAUAUUUACGCAAAGGUGUCUGCCAAGUUUUAUCAAAGAGUAACAAGUUACACCCGAGCUGCCUUACUUACAGGAAGAUUCAUGUCGGGUGUGUUUGCACAGGUGCUGACAUCAACAGAGUUGAUGGACUACCAUACCCUAAAUUAUUUUUCACUGGCAAGUGUUACAAUAGCCUUCAUCAUAGCGUGUUGUCUUGAUCCUGUGUCCAGCAGCAUAUACUUCCACCGUCAGCAAUACUUGCCCACCAGUGAAGAAGACAGUUCAGUUAUCCUCAGUGAUCACCACAUACAGGAGACCAUAAAAGAAAAAAUAUCCAAGGUUGCAGGCUUUAUCUGGAAUGACUUUAAAAGUGCAUAUAGCAACAAGUACUUGUUGAAGUGGUCCAUUUGGUGGGCCUUUGCUACAUGUGGAAAUUUCCAGGUUGGCAAUUACAUCCAGCCUUUGUGGGAAAGCAUUGCUCCUAUGGAUGAAAAUGAAAACCUAUACAAUGGGGCAGUUGAAGCAUCACAGACAUUACUCAGUGCUCUGGCAGCAUUCGGUGUGGGAUACCUGCAUCUUAACUGGGAAUAUUUUGGAGAGGGAACUUUGGCAAUUAUUUCUUUGAUUGAUGGCCUUCUUUUAUUCUUCAUGGGUCUCACAUCAUCAAUCGCAGUGGGUUAUAUCAACUACAUUGUCUUCAGAGUUUCCUAUCAAGUUUUAAUCACAGUUGCUAGGUGUCAAGAAUCUAAGGGUUUGGGAUAUUGACAGUUUGGAGGGACUUCUAAACUGUCAUAUCUGAGCACCUCUGCAUAGACAGUGAUUAUAUGUGAGUGAGGUGAAAGUGUUGAAUGAUGAUGAAAGUAUUUUCUUG